GAGGAUCCAUCAGUCGGUGGUGUUUUUUGGGGCCCCUACUCUGGGCGAAGCCCUACACUGAGCACCUCGGAGAAACAGCGAGGUUGAAGCACGCGAGUGGGAGUCAGAAAGACCUGGGGUCUGAUUCCGGCACUUCCGCUUGUCUGCUGUGUGACCUUGGUCCAGAAGCGGAGAGGGUGGACGGCGGCGAUGAGCGUCCUGAUGAUCGAAGCGUUCUACGGCGGCUCGCACAAGCAGCUGGUGGACCUCCUGCACCGGGAGCUGGGCGGCUGCGUCCUGUACACUCUCCCCGCCAAGAAGUGGCCCUGGAGAGCCCGCACUGCAGCCCUCUACUUCUCCCAGGUCGUGGCCCCCAGUCCAGAGUACAGGAUCCUCUUCGCCAGCUCGGUGCUUAACCUGGCCGAACUGGCCGCCCUCCGACCCGACCUGGGAAAACUGAGGAAGAUCCUUUACUUCCAUGAGAACCAGCUGGUCUAUCCGGUCCGGAAGUGCCAGGAGAGGGAUUUUCAGUUCGGCUACAACCAGAUCCUGUCGUGCCUCGUGGCUGACGCGGUGGUGUUCAACUCGGCUUUCAACAUGGAGUCUUUCCUCGCCUCAAUGGGGACGUUCACGAAGCUGAUUCCCGACCACAGACCCGAGGGCUUGGAGGACGCCAUCAGACCCAAGUGCCGCGUCCUUCACUUCCCCAUCCGGUUUCCCGACGUGAGCAGGUUCUUGCCAGGGCACAAACUGGGCCGCCGAGAGAUAACACCGGGCGAAAAAGGAAACCAAGAAACUUCCGACUCUGGGGGAGCUCCUUCCAGGCUGGCGGGCCGUGCUGAGGAGAGCUUAAUGGAAAACAGAAGUGUGGAGUGGGAAACCCAGUCUGAACCCGAGGGAGAAAGACCCCCCGACCCUUCGACCCCCGCAGAGGGGUCGAAUCGGGCUGCCGCGCCAGCAAGAGCAACUCGGCAUCAGGUGGGAGAUGAGCAACGUUUGACUUCUGACCUCGGUGGGAAUGAAGAUCCGCAAAAGCCGCUGCACAUUGUCUGGCCUCACAGGUGGGAGCAUGACAAAGGCCCCGAGUUGUUUUUCAAAACCCUUCUGCGGCUCAAAGAGGCUGGACUGACUUUCCACGUCUCAGUCCUUGGAGAGACCUUCUCCGAUGUCCCAGGCUGGAAGCCGUGCACUGCGGUUGCUUCCCCCUGUGUCCCAAAGCUUUGGUCUAUCCGGAAAUCUUUCCAGCUGAAUAUCUGUAUUCGACACCUGAACAGCUUUUUAAAAGGCUCCGGAAUUUCUGUAGGAGACCAGAUAUUGUACGGAGACAUCUCUAUAAGGGCGAGACGGUUCGGUUUUCCUGGGCAGCCCUCCGUGGAGAAUUCAGGUCUCUGCUUACCACAGAACCUAGGGAAGAUUUGUGACAGAUGGGAGCUAAGUCACAAACUUGCAGCCUCAGGCGGAAUGCGCAGAACUUUCCAGCGUGCCCAUAUUUACCUGAUCAGAAGGAACAGAAAAUCUGCAGAGGAAGCGGAGUCUGGCUGCUUGUCAUAGCUGACACAGAGCCAUCUGCCACAAACCUGUGGUAGCUUCAGAUCCCCAGUGCCUGCCACCACCCCGACUCAAAUUAAACCCAGAUUCCUAAAGACGUUGUGAUGGUUACACAUGUCCUCGGCAUCACAUGCAGAAGACGGUUCAAAAAAAAAAAAAAGAAGAAGAAGAAGAAAAGAAAAAAAGAGAGUAAAAUGUGGCCUGUUGUAUAACCACACUCAUGUAUGCCAUAUGGAGAGCCACAUUGAAUUUCCGGUGGAAUUUGUGUUUAUCCUUUGUACUGGAUGACACGGUGCCUGAGUUCUUUCCUCUUGCCGGCACGAUGUCGGCCAAACUGCAGCUUCAAACGCUCCCUCUUGGCCGGGUUUCCACCUGGUUUGCCAGGUUAUCAUUGGAAAAGCCUCGAGGGCCACAGGGCCCGAGAGGAGAGGGGCCUCGAGUUUCCCGACUCCUCAGCCUGGGGAUUGCCGGGCAGGGUGGGGGCUGCUCCCAUCCUUUUCCAAAAAGAGUUCGCCCCCGGGGGCUUCUGAGGGAAAGGCUUUCCCUCAGAAGCCCCCCUGCGGGUAUUUCCGCGAUUCCCUGGCUCCGUCGGCAGCUGACUGCUUUCCAAGAGGCCACGAGAAAAACAGCUUUAAAGCGUGGUGGUGCGGGAUGGGGGUCAGCCAUCUGAGGUGACAAAAGUGGACACCUCUUCCAGUCCUUUCAAGGAAGGAGCAGAAACCCAGGGCUUCCAACGACCCUCCUGGCAGCCCGUCUCCCAUCCCUGCUCCCCGGGCCGCCCCGUCUGUCGAUGUUAAAAAAGAAAAAUUGUUGGGAGGAUGUAGAUGGCGGAAUAAAUUUUCAGUCAAGGCCCUGA